CGCUCCCGUGUGCGUGCUGCGUACGGACGUGCGUGCGUGCGUGCGUGCGUGCGUGCUGGCGCUCGGCGGCGGUGGCGGCGGCGGCGCAGCGUCCCUUGCCCCGAAUGAAAGGGACGGUCCCGGCGAGCGAGAGAGCGGCCGUGAGCGACCGGCAGUGACGGGGGGGGUGGGGGUGUGCUCGAACUGCUCCUCUCCCCGGCGCCCCACCCGCCACACGGCAUUGAGAGGAUUGAAGUGGCAUUCUAAGAUCAUUUAAAAUCAUGACAAGCUCAGUUGGACAGAAAAAAGUCUCUUCAAGACAAAGGAAGUGUGGGUUUUGUAGAUCUAAUAAAGAUAAUGAAUGUGGACAAUUAUUGAUGUCAGAAAACCAGAAGGUGGCAGCACAUCACAAAUGUAUGCUGUUCUCUUCUGCACUGGUAUCUUCACACACUGAUAAUGAGAGUCUUGGUGGGUUCUCAAUCGAAGAUAUUCAGAAAGAAAUAAAGAGAGGCACUAAACUGAUGUGCUCUUUAUGCCAUUGCCCUGGAGCAACCAUUGGCUGUGAUGUAAAAACAUGUCACAAGACAUAUCACUACUACUGUGCUUUGCAUGAUAAAGCUCAGAUAAGAGAGAAACCCUCACAAGGCAUUUACAUGAUUUUAUGUCGAAAACACAAGAAAACUACGCAUAACUCUGAAGCAGAUUUAGAAGAAAGUAUCAAUGAACAUGAGUUGGAGCCUUCACCUCCCAAAGGAAAAAGGAGGGGUCGUAAGGGAAAGCCAAGAAAAACAAAUUUAAAAGGGCAAUCAGAAGACACUAGAUCUACGUCCUCACAUGGCACAGAUGAAAUAGAAAGCAGUUCCUAUAGAGACAGGUCUCCCCACAGAAGCAGCCCCAGUGAUACAAAACCUAAAUGUGGAUUCUGUCAUGCAGGUGAAGAAGAAAAUGAAGCUAGAGGAAAGCUUCAUAUAUUUAAUGCCAAAAAGGCUGCAGCGCACUAUAAGUGCAUGUUGUUCUCUUCUGGCACUGUCCAGUUAACAACAACUUCAAGGGCAGAGUUUGGUGAUUUUGAUAUUAAAACUGUACUUCAGGAAAUCAAGAGAGGGAAAAGAAUGAAAUGCACACUUUGCAGCCAACCUGGUGCUACUAUUGGGUGUGAAAUUAAAGCCUGCAUAAAAACAUACCAUUACCACUGUGGAGUAGAAGACAAAGCUAAAUACAUUGAGAAUAUGUCACGAGGAAUUUAUAAACUCUAUUGUAAAAACCAUAGUGGGAAUGAUGAAAGAGAUGAAGAGGAUGAAGAAAGAGAGAGUAAAAGCCGUGGCAAAUCAGGCACUGACCAUAAUGACAUUCCUCAGCAGCAGCUCAAUGGAAACUAGGUUCAAGGGACAGAGUUAUAGAACUGGGAAUGGCUAAGACAUCAUAACUACUAAUUCUUUUAAACUGUUUUCUAAAACAAAAAACAAAACAAAACAAAUCAGAAAAGGGUUAGUAACCUUUUUACUACCCAGCUCUGUUAGAAAUUUCAUUGAACUGCCUGAAAUGUUCAUGUGUGUGAGCCUUCAGUAAGUGGCAGAGUUUUUACAUGUCAAUAUUAUGUAGUUUGUAGUCUGCAGUGUCUGGAAACAAAACAAAACAAAAAAAAAAAAGAAAAAAAAAAGAGGAAAAAAAAUCCACACACCAAAAAGAUAAAAAAAAAGAAACACUUAUAUAAAUGAUAUGUAAUAUGUACAGUGUCAAAAGUUAAGGCAGACAUUGAAAUGAAGUAAGAUCUAUAUUUCUGGACUGAAAAAUAAACAACAACCCUUCAGAUUUGGAAUGUGUUAAGUUGUUUAGUGGAUUCAUGCAACGAGGGAAGGUCUUAAGCUAGUUGAAUUACCAACAUGGAUAAGUUUGUGGUGGCACCCAGCUGGUACUUUGUGACUUUUUAACAUUUUCUUCGUACCCAAACUUUUGGGUUUUUUGGAGGCUGUACAUGGCCAGGGGGAAGCUGCUCUCUGGUUUUGCUUGCAGAGCAACACAGUAGCCAAGACCUGGGCGUGCAGCGAGGUUGUUCCUGUUGGGAUUGCUCCUUCCGCCCAGCGGUGUUGGUGGCAGAUUUACUCCAGCAGCUGUUGGUUCUAAGCUGUGAGCUUUAGAACUCAUGCCAAAGGGCUGUAGUUUGUUCUUUCUUUCCCCACCCACCUCUUUCAGUGUCUCUGAUUUGCAAAGGAACCCUUCACCAAGUGUGAUUUAAAAACAUUCGGACUCUGCAGCCUCAACCUCUUUUACUUCAGAGAGUUACAUCUCUUAACUUGCUAUGGAAUUUAGCCACCAGAUCUGACUUCCAUACCUCAAGUGUUCUCUGUUGGGUGUUUUGUCCAGAACGUGCAUAAAGGUCCCAUAUUCUGUAAGAAGAAUGAGGAAACAGCCUUUUUUUUUGGGGGGUGGGGGGAGGGUUGAGUGGGUUUGGUUUUUUUUUUUGCUAGAUUGGUAUUUAUUUUUUUAAUCUUAUGACCACUAUAUGAGAAACUUUGCUUAUCAUCCUUGUUGGUUUAGUCAUUCUUUACUUUGUUUUUUAUUCUUUCUGUCAACUCAACAGUCAUGGAAUUCUACUUGCUAGACUUUGAUGCUCCUUUAGGGAAUAAUCAGAUCUAAGCUAUACUAAACCUAACAGAUCAGGCCUCUGCCUGCUUUCAAAACACCUCCGUCAGUUCUAACGGCUUCCUGCUAGCUUCUUAAACUGAUCUGUUAAAAGCACGUUCUCAGAUUUAAAUAAAACCAAAAACAAAGGCAAAAAAAAAGCAGCUGAAUCUACUCCACAUGUUUUUGUCUGUUGCUACCGCAUCAUCACCUUAUUGUUUGUUUAGGGUUUUGACUUGUUUCACUCUGAACUCCCAACAAAACCUCCUGGAUUUGAAGGAAGGAAACAAGCGAAUUACACUGAUUUGACUAGAAACUGCUACAGUUCUUCUGUGAUUGGUAUUGCAAAAAAAUCCUAUUUUGUAACCUGAGUUUCUGUAGCUUUAUUUUGUUUGUUUUUUUUUAAAACUUGUAUUUAAAGAAAAAAAAAACAACAAAGAAAAUACUUACUGUGUGUCAAUUUGUCUUCUUAUGCAUUCCCUUAAUGUCUCGAGGGACUCAGUUACUGUAUCUCGGAGCUUCUAACGUUUUACCUGUUAGAAUUCAAUCACUUCUGGGGUUUUGGUUUUGGUUGUUUGUUUGGUUUGGGGUUGGGGUUUUUUUUUGGCUUCCCUGGAGAACGAUGCUGUUUUGAAAAGAAACCUUUGCUGUGUACAGAAAACGAUUCAGUCCCUGCUCUAAACAUGAUGCCAUGGAUGGGUUUUUCUUUUUGGUGUUUGUAACUUGGAGAAUUAAAAGCGUGACUUGAAUCGCAGGUCGGGUGUUGAAAUUGUCUAUCAAGGUGUUUUGUUUUCUCCUAGAAGGUGAACUUUUUCUUUCAGCUGCACUCAAUGCAAAAAAAAAAAAAUAACAUCCUCUGAUGUUGAAAUCACUUCUAGGUUGGUGCCUCAGAAGUGGCCCUCCCUUGGAAAUAGACGAACAAAAAAAGGCACUUUGUUUGCGGCUACUGUGUUUAAACUAAGGUUGCAUGGGGUAGACCUGCCAGCAUACUGAUUGUGUUUUGAGCCUGAGCUCUUAAUUCAUAGUGUGUCAGUUGCUUACCAAUAAUUCAUCUGUUAAGAAACCAAUUCCCCCAUUUCCAUGCCUCAAAGAACCACCAGAACAGCCCUUUACCUUCAGGUAGCAGAGAAGUGAAGUGGCUGGUUUACCUGUUACCUCUUUGUGCUGAGCUGGGCUGACUAAACUCUCAUUCAUUGAUGGAAACAAAGUCAAACAAAAAAAAAAAUAGCAGAAGAAAUCUUUUCUUGAGCCUCAAAUUUGUCAGAACUGACUUCAACUCCUGUAUGCUGGGUAAAAGUGCCUUACAAUGUAAAAAAAACCCUAUGUAUUUAUAUGUUCCCAAGUAGCAUCACCUGCUGGGGAGUUCAUUCUGUCGUGGUGUUAAUAUUUAGAAGCAAUGUACCUCAGCAGUGUAUUUACUGUACAUCUCUCUGACAUCCUUAACUGUAGUUUUAAAAAGAAGCAUGACAAUGUAUGAUAGUAUACAACAUUUACAUCCUUUUUUUAAAGACAAAAUACUGCCAUUAACUGUCUUUUUUUAAGGUAUAUUUUAGCUUGGAAUUUCAGACAGUCUGAAUUGAUUUUUUUAUUAUUAUUAUUAUUAUUUGAUUUCUAAUUAUUUUUUCUCCUUUUUUUUUGUUUUUUUAAUUGGGUAAAGCAAUGUAAUCUUUGCAAGCAUCUCUUGAAGAUUAUUCUGGAGCAAUCUACUGCCUUCCCAGAAAUGUUAGAAGUAAUGAAAGUGCUCUCUAGGUGAAAUAGGUAUGUUUCAAUUAGCUAGUUAAAUUAAUGCAGCCUGUUUGUUACAGGGACGUUUUGGUUUUAAUAGGCACCUUCUGCUUUCAUCUCACAAUCAGAGAAGUCAUGAAUUGAACAAAACUUAGCUUAUGAAACUGGUUUUACUUUAAAUUUUGGAGGUUUCUUUAGGCCUUUGGGCACUUGUUUUGCUCACAAGGGUAGUCUGUGUUGUUUGAGACUCCUGGAACCCUCCAAGAAGGGAGGUUUCUCCCCAGCUGGCUGUAUCUCUGGAUGAACAGAUCUCCCCAUCUCACUGUGUCUCUAUAUUAACAGAUCUGCCAUUGUGCUAUACCAAUGAAGGACUGUAGCAAGGAUAGGACAAGGAUCAGAAGGAUAUUGUUCACAUAACCUGAAGAUACAGCUGGUGGAAUGCCAGAGUCUCAAGGCGUGGUCAAACACUUUUAGCAGGGAGCUGUGCUCUCACUCCAAGACAGAGUGAAAGGCUGGUUCAAUACUGGUGUCAGCACAGGUAGUUAGGGUGAUAAUCUUAGCUAGGGCAGUUAGGAUUAGGUCUACUCAUUCAGCAAGUCUCGAUCCACAGGAGGUUCUGUGCUAAGGCUCUAGGAGGAGUUAACUCCUGCACUCUGCAAAGUCAGGUUGUUAGGUAGAAAGAGCAGUGCUGAUCUAGAGUGAGGUGGCUGUGCUGAGCCUGGCACUCACACGUGAGAGAAAGGAAGAGCUCUUGUUUCUUACUGCUGCCCACAUGCUAAACCAGAGUGAAAGAUGAAGGGGUGAUCAUCUCUCUGAAAUAUCAGACUUAUCUGGCAGGUGAUAAUCAGUGCAUUCCAAAAAUAUUAAUAUGCUGAACCAGAUUGACAAGAAAAUUAAUCCUCAUUAGGUGAAAUUAAUCUGAAGAGAACUGAAAGUACUUUCUAGCAAAUAAUAACUCUUCUCCCAUGUCACCAGAAACAGAUUCCACUCUAUUAGUGCUGGAGGUUACAAACCAGAACACAGCUCUGGAUUUCUAGACUCGUUGAAGCAGUUUCUAUAUAUGCAUCUGUAUGCACAUUCAUUAGUCAGCAGUGACAUCUCAACCCUUCAAGGAUCCUGGAGAACCAUUGCUUGUCAAAAAAGCACUCAGGUUAGGCUAACAUGUGCAGCUUUUGCUCUAGCUUAACAUUUACAUUAGGUGUGUAAAGACAGGGAAUGUAUGAAAGAGGGUAAAUGCAUUCCUAUCUACAAUGUUCUGUAUAUUUUGUUCCUGUUAUAUUGGCUUUACUUCCAAAGUUGUAGUUUGCAGUAUUAGUUUCUUUUUAUUGGUAUCCUUGCAUAUAUAUAUAUUCAAUAAAUGAGUUAUGAAUUUCA